AUGCAAUCCACCGGUUCUUCAAACAACUUCUUGACGGCGGCUGAACAACGUGCUCUUGAUGCCAAGUCGAUAAAACAAUCCAAUGAAGAAUGCUACUCCUUCCUGCUGGACAGGCGUGAUAAAGAUGGCAACCGGCCAAAUGAUCCCAAUUUUGACCCUCGCACUUUGUACAUCCCAAAGGAUGCGUGGAAAUCAUUCACUCCUUUUGAAAAACAGUUCUGGACUAUCAAGCAGGAUCAGUUUGACACUGUGUUGUUCUUCCAGAAGGGGAAAUUCUACGAGUUGUACGAGAACGAUGCAGAGAUUGGGCACACUGAAUUUGAUUUGAAACUUACUGAUCGCGUAAAGAUGAAGAUGGUGGGCGUACCAGAAAUGUCUUUCGAUUUCUGGGCUGCCAAGUUUCUCGCAAGGGGUUAUAAAGUAGGCCGUGUUGACCAAAUUGAGACCUCGCUUGGUGCGGAAAUGCGCGUGGCGAAGAAAGGCGGACCGAAAGAAAUAGUUCGUCGGGAGUUGGGGAAGAUAUUGACCAAUGGGACAUUGGUGGACCCUAACAUGCUGACGGACGAUCAGGCUGGUCACCUUGUUUCAAUCCGAGAGGAAGAGGAUGGUUCACGUCAAUUCGGUUUGUGUAUCUUGGACGCGUCCACGAGUGAAUUCAACUUGUGCGAAUUUAUGGAUGAUGCAUGCGGCACCAAACUGGAAACUGUCAUCAGACAACUUCGCCCGAAGGAGAUAUUGUACACAAAGGGCAAUUUGUCCGUUGGUACCACUCGGUCGCUCAAAUCACUGCUGCCAGGAACAUGCAUCUGGUCACCAUUACGACGCACAGAAGGGUUGGGAUAUGAGGAUACCUUAGCGGCCCUACAGGAGAUAUUUCCAGCGUCCCCCGACUCCAUGGACGAUAGUAACGGUUCUCUGCCCGACGCAAUCCGUGCUAUGACGGACAAACGUGUGCCCAUGGAAGCGUUGGGUGCCAUGAUUUGGUACCUUCGAACCCUCAAUUUGGAUAAGGAGAUGUUGACAAUGAAAAAUUUCUGCAUCUACGAUCCUAUGCGGAAAGGCAAAGGUCUUGUUCUAGAUGGCCAAACUUUGGCCCACGUUGAGAUUCUUCGCAACUCCGAAGGCACCGAAGAGGGGAGCUUGCUCUCGCUGCUGGGAAACUGCAUAACACCCUUCGGGAAACGAUUGUUCAGAAUCUGGCUCUGCAUGCCCCUUCAAGAUGUAAAGGCUAUCAAUGAGAGAUUGGACGCUGUGGAUGACAUCAUGGAUAAUCCUACUUGUGAAGACACCUUCACGUCGUUGGCUCGGGGAAUGCCUGAUUUGGAGCGCAUGAUUUCUCGCAUUCAUGCUGGUUCAUGCAAACCAAAGGAGUUCCUCAGUGUACUGGCUUCAUUCCGCAGGCUCAAUGCUGGUCUUUCCGAGCUUGAAAACCUAGCAAAAGGCUUCAAGUCUCGCAGUAUUUCCGGUCUACUACGAGCUGCGCCAGACUUAAGGCCAUACCUUUCUCAUAUCGAGGGUCUCUUUAAGGAAUCGGAAGAAGUCGAUAUCUUGGUACCGGUCGAAGGGAAAGAUCAGGAAUACGAUCAGAUUCAAGAAGAGAUACAUACUUUGGAAAACAAUCUGGACGGUGAACUAGAGGCCCUCAGAGAGAAUAUUUGCCCUGAUCUGGCGUACUGGCAUUCAGCUGUCGGUGCGAAGGAGAUAUAUUUGGUUCAGGCGCCUUCUUCAUUCAAAGGAGUCCCAAAGACUUGGAAUAAGAGUAAUUCCACAAAGAAUUUUACCCGUUGGAUCAUUCCUGAGUUGGUCCCGAUGAUUAGGCAGCUGAAGGAGGCUCGGGAAACGAGAAAGAGCGUGAUCUCUGAUUUCAAACUUCGCUUGUAUGCUGCGUUUGAUGAUGAGCGAACCGUGUGGUUACAGGCAGUCAAGGUUAUGGCAGAGCUUGACUGCCUCUUCAGCCUCGCAAAAUCGUCUUCCUCAAUGGGGCAACCAUCAUGUCGGACGGAGUUUGUGGAGUCUGAUCAUGCUUUCUUGGAGUUCGAAGAGCUCAGACAUCUUUCCAUCGCCCUAAAAAAUGACUUCAUUCCAAACGACAUCAGGUUGGGUGGGAAAUCGGAACGUAUUAUGUUGUUAACAGGGCCUAAUAUGGGUGGCAAAUCAACUGCAAUGCGAAUGACAGCCAUGGGUGUGAUCAUGGCACAGCUAGGGAUGUAUGUCCCGGCGCGUAAAGCUCGCCUAUCACCUGUGGAUGCCAUUCUCACCCGCAUGGGUGCAUACGACAAUAUGUUUUCAAACUCUUCCACAUUUAAAGUUGAGAUGGACGAGUGUUGUAAGAUUCUUCGGGAGGCCACCCCGAGAUCUCUCGUCAUCCUUGAUGAAUUAGGCCGAGGAACCUCGACAUAUGAUGGAAUGGCUAUUGCUGGUGCCGUUUUACACCAGCUUGCGACGCACACGCUUGCACUCUCAUGUUUUGCGACGCACUAUUCAUCGCUCACUGAUGACUACAAGUACCAUGUAAACAUUCGCAACAUGCAUAUGAACACGAUUGUUGAUGAAGACAAUCCCGUACAGCUCAUCUUUACUUAUAAACUCACUAACGGAGUGGCAACUUCCUCGUUUGGCACGCACGUCGCGAGUCUUGCGGGUGUUCCAUCAACUGUUGUCGAUAGGGCGGAGGUGGUGUCUAAAGAUUUUGCUCGUCAAUUCCAAGAAAAACUAGCGAAGAAGAGACUGGCGUCAACGACAUUGCCCCUCGCCGCGCAGGCCGAUUUUGUCUACUUAUUCAAAACAGCUCUACAUUUAUCAUCUCAACCAGAUGCUAAUAAUUCCAAGACAGCAGAAGUUUUGGAAUGUUUGAAGGCAAAUGCUGCAAGAUACGUCACUGCUUAG